CAGGAUAAAGUGUCCAAACACAGAGAAAAACUCCUGCUGAAGCGACUGAUCUCCACACUGUUAUAAAGAUGGCGUUUAUUAAAGAGGAGAGUGAAGAUGUGAAGAUUGAAGAAACAUUCAGAGUCAAACAGGAAGAUCUGCAGGAACAAACAGACCCGAUGAUGCUGAAAGAAGAGACUCAUCAAUGGAAUGAAAUGGAAGAGAAACACCAAGACAUAACGACUGAUGAAAAACCCACACUGACUAAAAAAACUUCAUCACACGAAAGACCUCGGAAAUCCAAAUCUGGGUGUAAUUUCAGCAGUGAACAGUGUAGAAAGAGUUUCAGUCAAAAGCCAAAGCUUGAUGUUCACAUGAAAGUUCACACAGGAGAGAAACCUUACACCUGCGAACAGUGUGGAAAGAGUUUUGGUAAAAAACAAAGCUUUAAAACCCACAUGAGAAUUCACAAUGGAGAGAGGCCAUACACAUGCCAACACUGUGGACAAAGCUUCUAUCAUGCAGGAAACUUGGCAGCACACAAGAGAAUUCACACUGAGGAGAAGCCUUACUCUUGCCCUCAGUGUGGAAAAAGUUUUAAGCAAAAUGGCACCCUUACAGUACACAUGAGAACACACACUGGAGAGAGGCCUUACACAUGCCAACAGUGUGGAAAAAGCUUCUAUACUACAGGAAACUUUACACAGCACAUGAGAAUUCACACUGGAGUGAGGCCGUACACAUGCCAACAGUGUGGACAAAGCUUCUAUAAUACAGGAAACUUGGCAGCGCACAUGAGAAUUCACACUGGGGAGAAGCCUUACUCUUGCCUUCAGUGUGGAAAGAGUUAUAAGCAUAAUUGCACUCUUGAAGUCCACAUGAGAACUCACAAUGGAGAGAGAAUUUUUAUUUGCACACAGUGUGGGAAAAGUUUUUCUCGAAAACACAGCCUUGACACCCACAUGAGGAUUCACACUGGAGAGAAACCUUACACAUGCACAGAGUGUGGUAAAAGUUUCAGAUGUAAAAACACACUCAAACACCACAUGAUAAGUCACGCCGGAGAGAAGCCGUUUGCAUGUGCUCAGUGUGGAAAGAGCUUCACAACCAAAGCUAGCCCCAUUAACCAGAUGAAUGGUCACACUGGAACCAUAGUGUUCACAUGUGAUCAGUGUGGAAAGAGUCUCACAUGUAAAGACUCCAAUAAAAAACACAUGAAGACUCACUCAGGAGAGGAAAGUUUUAGAUGCAGUGAGUGUGGAAAGGGCUUUAAACAUAAAAGAAGCCUCAGCAUUCACAUGAAGCUUCACAAUGGAGAUCAGAGUCCUCAAAAUUGAGGCCUUGUCCAGCGGCGCUUAAGGUUCUCUCCUGGGACAGCAUGCUAAACAAGUGUGAACUCUUGUAUACAUAUCAAGUUACUGAUAAUGAAACCCUUUGAACACCUGAAGAUUUAAACUUAAUAACUGAAAAGGGGUCAAGAUUUUUUUUGUAGUGUAGAUCAGGGUCACAGCGCAGUACCAGGUUUUGAGAGUUUCUAAUGGCUGCAAGAAAGCAAAAUAACUCUAUAUGCGUUUUAACCGAUAACCAUAUUUGUGCACAUUGCACACUUCAGUCAAAUGGUCAGCUCUGAAAAGAGAAUUAGAAAGAUUACGGAGGAGAAAAUGUUUGGGGAGAUGAAGGGAACACUGUCCUACACCCUUAGAUUGUGUUUUUGAUCAUUCACAUUGUCUGAUUGUCACUCGCAUGAACAAACACAGAUUUACCUCCAAUUUUGGGCUUUUGUCUGCAAUUUUAAUAAAACUUGUUGAUGAAUGAAAGUCCGGCUAAACUCGUAUGGGAUGAAAUUAGUAUCAGUAUUAUUUGCAAAUGCACGCUCUGUCCUCCACAUGCUUUAUUAAUGUCGUCUAUGCAGUUUUGCAUCCACAACUGAAUGGCUUUCCACCUGAGUCUGUGAGUUUAACAUUUGCGCAAACAUAAACAUGUUCGUAAAACAAAUAUUAUGUUUUGCAUUCAUGCAUAUUAAUUUAUGUGUGCGAAAAGGAAGUUUUGCAUUUGUGAAUCAGGUGAUGCGUGUGUGUGAAUUGACACUUGUUUGAGUCUAUACUGCUGGCUUCGUUUGAAUUUUGAGACUUUGUUUUCGCGGUUUUUAAACUUUUCAGGAAUCAAACACAAACAACUUUACAUGGAAAAGCCACAAUGUCUUACGCAAUGUGUACACAUCUACCUACCGAUUUGAGAAUUAUACAAUCCUGCCCUACUACACUUGUGUCUGAAAAAGUCUGAUUUAAAUAAA